GUAAAUGUCACAUUGUGUUACCCUAUAAAGUAUGGACAAAGUAACAACAAAAUCUUAAAGAAAUAGUGUUCGUUUUCAGAAUCCCAAUUAAUGACAUCAUAAUUUCUUUAUGCCGUUACUAGAAUUACGGCCUUAAUUAAGAUUUUCAAAUUUAUAAUCUUUUUUCUUCUGUUGAUUUUGAGAUUUUAAUACCAUUCACAGUACUGUAUCUGAAUGUAUGUAACUAUGUAUGUGUAUAUCCACAUGUUGUAUGUCUCUAUUUUGUGGGAAAGUUGACAAAGUUCAUGUGAAAGUAUUUCCAAGCUUUUUACAGUUUUGUCACUCAGGCUGACACAGCACCUACCAAUAUUAUCAAGGAAUAAAAAUGAAGAUGGCCCUUUACUGAAGAGUGAUUAUUUAGAGAGAGAAGAGACAGAGGAGGAGUUGGACUGUUGGAGGAUGUAUGAUUGCUUGGGAGAAAAAAUGGGGUAAGAAGAAACAGAAGCAGCUUGUGGGUUUUUCUCCUCCAUUCACAGCUGCUGAUCAAGAUUCUGCCCACUUAGAUUCCAUUGCUUGUGUUUUUGAUUUUUGUUGAUUUUCUGGUCUGCUUAUCAAAGUUGAAGUAUCAUUGGUUCUGAUUUCUGUUUAGCUUUUUAAAUUACAGGUGGGAGCAAAUUUAGAGACUGAUCCUGGCCUGGAUCAAUUACUUGGAUUUCUCUUGGUGCAAGGACCAGUCUUUUGCAAGGUCAAAAUCAAUUACAUUUCUUCUUCUUGCCGGAUUCAUGGCGACACUGCUGCAGUCUGAUUCGAGGCGGAAAUACUCUUGGUGGUGGGACAGCCAUAUCCCUAAGAAUUCAAAAUGGCUCCAAGAGAAUCUUACAGAUAUGGAUGCCAAAGUUAAAGCAAUGAUCAAGCUCAUCGAAGAAGAUGCAGAUUCGUUUGCCAGAAGGGCUGAAAUGUAUUACAAGAAAAGGCCUGAGCUAAUGAAGUUGGUGGAGGAGUUCUACCGAGCAUAUCGUGCUUUAGCUGAAAGGUAUGAUCAUCUGACUGGGGAGCUGCGGCAUGCCCAAAAAGCUAUGGCUGAAGCCUUCCCAAACCAAGUGUUUGUUUUGGAUGAAGAUUCUCCUUCAAGGUCUUCAGAACUCGACCAAGAUCCUCAAACACCAGAUGUGUUGCAUCCUCUGCGAGCAAAUUCGGCUGUAUCUGAUGCGGAAAGCAGAAAAAGGGGAUUAAAAUUUUUGCAGGAUAUGCUUGGGGGAGAGGAAAUAGCAGCCGAAGAUAAUGUCAGAAAAAGCAAGACUGAUGAGAAAGAAGGGCAAAAUUUGCAUGCUGAUGUGUUGCAAUUAUCAAAUGAGAAUGACUCUCUCAAAGCCAAGAUCAAUUCGGAGUCUGAACGCGCAGCUAAGGCAGAAAGUGAAAUUCAAAAGUUGCAGAUGGCCCUCGCUGACAUGAAAACUGAGAAGGACUCUAUCUUUCUCCAAUAUCAACUCUGUACAGAGAAGUUGUCUAAUCUCGAGGAAGAACUCAUUCAUGCCCAAAAGGAUUUCAUGAGACUCAAUGACCAAGCAAUCCAAGCAGAAACUGAGGUUCUGACCCUGAAGGAAGCACUUGCUAGAGCAGAGGUAGAAAAGGAUGCAGCAGUAAUCAAGCAUGAGAAGUCCAUGGAGAAGAUUUCAAAUCUGCAGGAGCUCGUUGCUCAUGCUCAAGAGGAUCUAGAUGGGCUGAACAGAAGAGCUUUGAAAGCAGAAACAGAAGCUCAAAAUCUGAAUCUCGAAGUCUCCAGAUUAGAGUUGGAAAAGGAAGCUGGCCUUCGAAACUACACAGGCUCUGUUGAAAAGAUUUCUGAUUUGGAAAACAAAAUUUCUUUGGCAGAAGAGCAUGCUCGGGUGUCAAAGAAUCAGGCAGAUCAAGCUGAAAGUGAGGUCACGAGGCUGAGAAAAGCUCUAGCUGAACUCAAUCGGGAGAAGGAAUCUUCUAGUCUCCAGUACCAACGUUGCCUGAAGGGGAUAUCUGAACUUGAGAGUGAACUGUCUUGUGCCCAAGAGGAGGUCAAACGCCUCAAUACUGAGAUCGCAACUGCAGCUACAAAACUCAAGCAUUCUGAAAAUAAGUGCAAUUUGUUAGAGAUGUCAAAUCAGUCGCUGCGCCUUGAAGCUGAAAAUUUGACGAAAAAAAUUGCCAGGAAAGAUAAAGAACUUUCUGAGAAGCAAGAGGAGCUAGGGAAACUUCAGGUCUCCAUGCAAGAUGAGCAGUUGCGCUAUGGGCAGAUAGAAGCCAUGCUCCAGACGUUGCAGACCAUUCAUUCUCAGUCUCAGGAAGAGCAUAAACUUCUUGCAGAGGAACUUAAAACCAGCCUGCAGACGAUAAAGGACCUGGAAGUAAGCAAGCAUGACUUAGAAGAUGAACUUCGUCAAGUUAAGGAUGAAAAUACUUGCUUGAAUGAACUGAAGUUGUCCUCGAGCAUUUCAAUGGAGAAUCUGCAAAAUGAAAUUCUUUGCUUGAGGAACAUGAAGGAGAAACUUGAAGAGGAUGUUGCACAACGAAUUACUCAAAGUAAUUCCCUUCAGAAAGAAAUAACUACUCUUAAAGAAGAGAUUACGGGCCUGAAUAACAGAUAUCAUGCUUUGCUAGACCAACUUGAGGCGGUGGGUUUGAAACCUGAUUGCAUUGGAUCUUCAGUAAAGAAAUUGCUGGAUGAGAAUGUGAAGUUGAAACAACUCUAUGAAAACGAAAGCAAUGAGAAGGAAACUCUUUACAAGAAGUUGGAGAACCUGGAAGAACUUGCAAAUCAUGAACAUGUCCUUCAGAGUUCAUUGUCAGAGCUAAAUGUUGAGUUGGAAGCAUCACGCGAGAAAGUCAGGGAAAUGCAAGAGAUGUGUCAAUUUGUUCGUGGGGAAAAAUCCGUUCUUAUUUCUGAAAAAGCUACUCUUCUUUCUCAGUUGCAGAAUUUGACUGAGAAUAUGCAGAAACUCCUGGAGAAAAAUGCUGUUCUUGAGAAUUCUUUAUCAGGUGCAAAGAUUGAAUUGGAAGGUUUGAGGGAAAAAUCUAAGGGCUUAGAAGAGAUAUGUGCUUUACUUAAGAAUGAAAAGUCCAAUCUUCAAGCAGAAAGAAGUACCCUUGCUCUUCAACUUGCAAAUGUUGAACGUGGGUUAGAGUAUGUGCAGGAAAAAUUCACAGGGCUGGAAGAAAAGUAUUCUCAUUUGGAGAAGGAGAAACAGUCCAUGCACUCUGAAAUGAAUGAGCUACGGAUUUCUCUAGGUGUUGAGAAGCAAGAAAGAACAAGUUCCAUACUGAAAAGUGAGAGUCGCUUGGUUGGGUUGGAGCACAACCUUCAUUUCUUGCAAGAAGAGAGCAGGUGGAGGAAGAAAGAAUUCGAGGAUGAACUUGAGAAAGCUGUGAAAGCCCAAUGCGAGGUUUUUAUUUUGCAGAAAUUUGUGGAGGACAUGGAACAGAAAAAUUACUCUCUGCUCAUUGAGUGCCAGAAGCAAGUUGAGGCAUCCAGAUUAGCUGAGAAACUGAUCACAGAACUGGAGAAUGAAAACCUAGAGCAACAGGUCGAAGCAGAGCUUUUGCUGGAUGAAAUUGAGAAACUGCGAUUAGGGAUUUAUCGGGUGUUCAAGGCACUUGAUGUUAGCUCAGAUUGUGCCUGCGAAGAUAAGGUUGAAAAUGAGCAGAUCUUUCUGCAACGAAUUACAGCAAAAAUCGAGGAAAUGAAGCAUUCUCUUUCUAAGUCCAAGGAUGAUGAGCAAAUAUUAUCUAUUGAAAAUGCUGUUCUUCUCACCAUACUCAGGCAGUUGAAAGUGGAGGGUGUAGAAACUGAAAUCCAGAAGGAUUUCUUGGAGAAAGAGCUCAAGAUUACCAAUAAUAAGCUUGUGAUGGUGCACAAUGACAAACAUGCACUUACAGAAAUUAAUCUUUCUUUUGAAUCACAGAUCAGUGACCAAAAUGAGCAAAUUGUGAGGCUUAAGGAGGAAGUGGAGAGUCUUCAUGUGAAGGAGACUGAAUGGCAGAAAUCUUACCUUGAUUUGCAGGUGAAGUACUCUCAAGUGCUUGAAGAAAAUAGAGAUCUCUACAAAAAGUUUUCUGAACUCAAGGAGGAGAAACUUAUGUUGGAGCAGAAAAAUGAUGUUCUCAUCCAGGAGAAUUUGGUUCUUUCUAAUAUUUCCACGGCUUUGGAGAAUCAUGUGACCGAGAAAGGCGUGGAACUUCAAUUACUGUCUGAAAAUCUGAAGCACGUAAGUGAGAGUAAGGAAGAAUGCGAGAAGGAUGCCAUCUUGUUGAGAAGGAUUUUGGAAGAGACAGAAGCAGAAAAUAUGUUCCUGAAAGAUUCAGUUCAGAGGUUGGAGGUGGAACUACACGAGGCGAGACAAUCCAACAAUGACUUAAAGCAGGAAAUAGUAAUUGCAAAAGAUGUCUUGACACAGAAGGAAGCUGAAGUUUUGGAAGUUGAACAGAAAUUUAAAAUGGCAGAUAACCUGAAUUUGGAACUGGGGAAAACUGUGGAUGCCCUGAAGGCUGAAAAUCUAGAGGCGUCAUACUUCAGACAAAGUCUUGAAAAUCAAUUGCUUACAUUGUCUGAAGACAACAGCUCGCAGGACAAGGAAAUUAAUAACCUUCGUCAGGUCAAUGAGAACUUAGUGACUGAGCUUUGUAAAUUACAUGAAGAAUGCGAAGAACAAAGGAUCAGAGAAGAGAAGCUGAGUUCAGAAUUGAAAGCAAGAAACAAUGAGUUUGAACUUUGGGAGGCUGAGGCAACUGCAUUUUAUUUUGACCUGCAACUUUCCUCCAUUCACGGAGUUCUUUAUGAGAACAAGGUUCAUGAGCUUGCUAAUGUUUGUGGGAGUCUAGAGCAAGUUUCUGCUUCAAAAAAUUUGGCAAUUGAACAGAUGAAAGAGAAUAUUACCCUAAUGGAGAAUGAGAUUGGAGGUUUAAGAGCUCAGUUAUCAGCAUAUGCUCCUAUUGUGGCUUCCUUGAGAGAGGAUGUAGCAUCAUUGGAGCAUAAUGUGCUCCGUCAAAAGAAGUUGAUUCCUGCUGAUUGGUCAGAACCAACGGUAAUGAUUUCCUUUGUUGCUUUUAUUAGGAAAAGAUAUCAUCUGUUUUGUUUUAAUCUAAUCAGCUAUUCUUUUAAUGUUAUAUUUUCUCACUGAUAUACAUAUUUCAUUAUUUCUUUAUCCUGCAUCUCCAUUUUUGCAGUGGAGUGAUUUUGGAGCUGACGCUGAUGAAAGCGUCCAUGAUAAACCUAUGGAUGGUCAAUCACCGAAGAGUUUUGACGUUGAAGAAUUACAGAAUCUACAGAGAAGGAUUAAAGCAGUGGAGAAGGUCAUGGCAGAAGACACAAACAGGCUUGUUAUCCUGAAGGAGAAAAAGGACAUAAAACUCCGACGCAGCUUCAGCCGAAGAAAAUCUAAACUGAAGGAGAAAAAAGUAGCUGCUGCAAAGAGUUUCAAUGAUGAUGACCUCAAGUUAGUGGAGGAUAAAGCCGAAGUCAACAAUGUCAAGAAGAUAGCUCUAAUGAAAGAUAUUCCGCUGGAUCAUGUCUCUGAUAAUCCAGUUAAAGGAUUACAAAGAAAAGCAGUUGCCAAGAAAGGAAGAUCAGACGAUAAAAUGCUUGAGCUGUGGGAAACUGCUGAGUGCCGGAGUCUGGAUCGAGCUGCAAGCAUAUCCCGAAAUUUGGUUUUUGCUGCAGAUGAAGGGGAUAUAGUGUAUGAUCACGUUGAGAAUCUCAGGCAGAAAGCUGAACACCCAUCCACUAGCUCAGAGGUGGAAAGGGAGUUGGGCAUUGACAAGCAGGAGUUAUCAACAAGUUUGAAGGAAUCUGAUCGAGAAGUCAGCAGCAGAAGGAUCCUGGAGAGACUUUCUUCGGAUGCCCAGAAAUUAACCAAUCUUCAACUGACAGUGCAGAACCUGAGGAGGAAAUUAGAGACAAGCAAGGACAGAAAAAAAGCCAAGGAUGUCGACCUGGAAACCGUCAAGGAGCAGCUGCAAGAAGUCCAGGAAACUGUUGUUCAGCUGGUGGACCUAAACGGUCAGCUCAUGAAAAACAUUGAAGAGAAUCCCUCAUCUUCUUCUUCCCAGAAUUCGGGCGAGCUGAAAGACGCCGAAAAUGUCAGGAAGAAGAAAGUCGCGGAGCAGGCACGAAAAGGGUCUGAAAAGAUUGGAAGGCUGCAGCUGGAAGUUCAGAAGCUGCAGUACGUGUUGCUGAAGAUGGAGGAUGAACAGAAAAACAGAAGCAAGAGCCGGUUUUCGGGAAGCAAAACCACCAUCAUCCUGAGGGACUUCAUAUACAGUGGAAGGAAAGACAAUGCAAUCAAGAAGAAAUCUAAACUCUGCUGUUUUAAGCCUACAGUUCCAAAUACGCCAUCACCUCGAAUGUAUUACAAUUAACUUUCAUUGUUGUUUUUACUAUCAAAUCAGUCUCUGAGAAAAUGACUCUUACUCUACUAGUACUAGAUGAUGCAGUUUAGAGAACUGAUGUAUUUUGUUACAUUUUAGAGGGAACUGCAGCAGAAUUAGAUUCAAUCCUUUUUUCCAUCCAAAUAAAGCUUGUCAAACAGCUUCUCCAUUCAGCUUUAUCUUUGGUGUUUUCUAACCAC